AAUUUUUUUUUUCUUUCCCCUUUUUCUGGGGUGACAGAUGAGCAGCCACAGACAAACAGAUAAGAUUAAAUGGCAAUCAGCAUCAUUACCAAAGAAAAAAUUUGAUACACUGCUGGACAUUGCACUGCCCUUGUGUUUUAAUAGAAGGAGAAAAAAUCUUCUGUGAAGGAAGUUUUUAGUUUUUACAUAGUGGGUAGGUGGGGUUUUGUGGGAAUCUGCAGGGGAGAGAAGGAUGUGGUGGUUCAGCAGAAAGGGACCAUCUGGGUUCUCAGGUUCUUCAACAGCAGAGGAAGUUACUCAAGGAAUUGAUGGCACUGGUCUUACUGCCAUUGUUACAGGAGCAUCAAGUGGCAUUGGCACUGAAACAACUCGUGUUCUUGCAUUGCGUGGUGUCCAUGUUGUUAUGGGGGUCAGGAAUAUGUCAGCUGGUAAAGAGGUAAAAGAGGCAAUAGUUAAGGAAAUCCCGACUGCUAAAGUUGAUGCGAUGGAGUUGGAUCUAAGUUCAAUGGCAUCUGUAAGGAAAUUUGCAUCAGAGUAUAAUUCUUCUGGUCUUCCAUUGAACAUUCUAAUAAACAAUGCAGGAAUUAUGGCUGUCCCAUACAUGCUUUCCAAAGAUAACAUAGAAAUGCAGUUUGCGACAAACCACUUAGGUCAUUUUCUUUUGACAAACCUGUUGUUGGACACAAUGAAGAAAACAACGCGGAAAAGUAGAAAAGAGGGAAGGAUAGUGAAUGUCUCCUCAAUGGCUCAUCGGUACCCAUAUCGUGAAGGGAUUCGCUUUGAUAAGAUCAAUGAUAAAUCAGGGUAUAGCAGUCUAUUCGCUUAUGGCCAAUCAAAGCUUGCUAAUGUUUUGCAUGCUAAUGAGCUUGCACGACGUUUUAAGGAAGAUGGGGUGGACAUAACUGCUAAUUCGCUUCACCCAGGAGCAAUUGCCACCAAUCUUUUCCGUUGUAGCAGCAUUGUUUCUGGACUGGUUAAUACGGUUGGCAAACUUGUGCUUAAAAAUGUUCAGCAGGGAGCUGCAACAACAUGCUAUGUGGCAUUGCAUCCACAGGCGAAGGGGGUGAGCGGCCAAUAUUUUUCUGACUGUAACAUAGCCAAACCCAGCUCACAGGCCAAAGACCCUGAAUUGGCGAAGAAGCUCUGGGAAUUCAGCAUGAAUUUGGUUAAAUGAUGUACCUAUAAAUCAUCAUGACCCAAAAAACAAUUUGUCUUCUGUUAUUUUUCUACAAUAUUUAAAGUAAUUUUAAUGCUGGAGGUUUGUAGGCUUUCA